AUGGCCAGGCUCUCCGGGGUCCAGCGAGAUGUGCUGUCGCUGUAUCGGAAAUGCUUGAGAGCGGCAAACAAGAAGCCCGCGGAAACCAGGAUGAAUUUCAUCAACUUCACCAAGGAAGAGUUCCGCAAGAACCGCAAUCUCGACCGAAAAGACUUCGGGACGAUCGAGUUCCUGAUUCGCAAAGGUCAUCGGCAGCUGGCCAUAUACGAGGAUCCAGGAAUCAAAAACAUACGCAGGUGA